AAGCGGGAAGGGGAACAUGGCCGCGAAGUCGGACGGCGGUAAAGCUGGUGUCGGCUGCGGCGGCGGCGGCAGCGGCUUCGCCCAGCUGUACGACGUUGACGCCGAGGAGCCGCUGGACUCCGCCGCAAUCCACAUCUGCCAGUGCUGCCGCUCCUCCGCCUGCUACUGGGGCUGCCGCUCCGCCUGCCUGGGCUCCCUGCUCGGCGGGGGCCAGCCGGUCGGAGGGGUCGGCAUCCGGGAGACCCACUGCCCUCCCCGGGAGCAGCUGUGGCUGGACUGCCUCUGGAUCAUCCUCGCCCUGCUCGUCUUCUUCUGGGACGUUGGCACGGACCUGUGCCUGGCGGCGGACUACUACCACAGGCAGAACUACCUCUGGUUCGGCCUGACGCUUUUCUUCGUGCUGGUGCCGUCCGUGCUGGUCCAGAUUCUGAGUUUCCGCUGGUUCGUGCAGGACUACACCGGCGGGGGGCUGGGAGAGGUGGAGGGGCUUACUAAGAGGGGGACGGUGGUUGAGGGCUGCCUGUAUCCCGGAAAGGACCGCCUGCAGCUGGCCACCAUCUGGCUGUGGCAGGCCACCAUACACAUCCUCCAGCUGGGACAGGUGUGGAGGUACAUCCGGACCCUCUACCUGGGGGUGAUGUCGCGGCGGCAGAAGGAGCACCAGCGGCGGUGGUACUGGGCCAUGAUGUUCGAGUACGCCGAUGUCAACAUGCUGCGCUUGCUGGAGACAUUCCUGGAGUCUGCGCCGCAGCUGGUGCUGCAGCUCUGCAUCAUGAUCCAGGAGAACCGAGCCGAGACCCUGCAGUGCGUCUCCUCUCUUGCCUCCCUCCUCUCCCUGGCCUGGGUUCUGGCCUCCUACCACAAGCUGCUGCGCGACUCCCGGGACGACCAGCGCAGCAUGAGCUACCGCGGCGCGCUGCUCCACCUCUGCUGGCGCCUCUUCACCAUCUCCUCCCGCGUCCUCUCGCUCGCCCUCUUCGCCUCCCUCUUUCACAUCUACUUCGGCAUCUUUGUGGUGUUGCACUGGUGCGCCAUGGCCUUCUGGGUGGUGCACGGUGGUACCGACUUCUGCAUGUCGAAGUGGGAGGAGGUGCUCUUCAACAUGGUGGUUGGCAUUGUCUACAUCUUCUGCUGGUUCAACGUGAAAGAGGGACGGACGCGGUACCGGAUGAUUGCGUACUACAUCGUGGUGUUGGCCGAGAACACCAUCCUGACGGGCCUGUGGUAUGCCUAUCGAGAUCCGGUGCUGACCGACUCAUACGCCGUCCCCGCCCUCUGCAGCGUCUACCUGACGUUCGCCGGGGGCGUCCUCGUCAUGUUCCUGUACUACGGCUUCCUGCACCCAGCCACCGCCCACCUCCAGCCUAGCCCCGCCUCCUCCUGCUGCGCCCAGCUGCUCUGGGGUCUGCCGCUCCCCCCGUCGGCCCCGCCCACUGCCCCGCCCACCCCAGCACACAUGGCCAAGUCGCAGACGGAAGAGGACGUGGCCGAGUCGUGCCUUCCUGUCUUCCAGGUGAGGUCCGCCCCCCCGACCUCCAAGCCCGAAGGCCCAUUGAUAAAAAUCGACAUGCCCAGGAAGCGCUACCCAGCCUGGGACGCUCACUACGUAGACAGGCGCCUGCGGAGGACUAUAAACAUCCUGCAGUACAUAACGCCAGCUGCCGUGGGCAUCCGCUACCGCGACGGGCCGCUACUGUACGAACUACUGCAGUACGAGUCUUCACUCUGACACGCACACAUACAGAGGUACACCUGAGCACAUACAGCACCAGAAAAUCUACAUGUGGAUGUUCAAACUUAGAGAAGACAAAGGGAGCAAAAGGUCUCACUUGAUGUAAGCACAUGCACACUGAAGCAAUCUCACUUUUAAGCACACACACACUCACACACACUUCUUGUAAGUCCUGUGGCCAUGACUCAGCAAGCUGCUUCAGUCCAUCUCCUUCUUUCUCUCUCCACUUUUAUGAACCUCCCUUCCAUUCUCUGCUACGGAGACAGAAAAAAAAUUAAAAAUAGAAACAAGCACAUUUCUACAGUAGCGCCCGACCGCGUCUUUUAUGUUGCGAUCAUCACGCAUUGAGUGACACAAAAGAGAGAAAAAAUUGUCACUUAAAAAAAAUAAAUGGGAUCGUCAAUAUGUGGUUAGUCUAGUCAAAGGGUUGUGUAAAUAUUUUCUUUGUACAGAGCAGAUAUUUUUAAUGUAAUGUCACUUUGUGGCUGGACAAAGAGCUUAAAGAGCGAUGAAGGUUACCAGGGAAGUGCAAAAGAGACAGAAAACUGUUUUAACAUCACAAACUUGCAAACAAAUGUCUCAUGUUACGUUUUAGCUGUUCAGCAUCUAUCAGAUCAUCAAGAGUCAGAACAACAAAAAUAUAAUAUAAGCUUAGUUUGGUUCAACAAAUUGAUGUAAAACAACAAAAAUAACAUUUUAAUUCAAAAAGAUUUAACUAAGACCUGCUAUAUUCUUGUCAGGAGCAGGAGAAAUUUAUUCUUUUGCCUUCAUCGCUGUCUUCAUUGACUUUGUUGUGCUAAUUUAAGAUAUAUUUUCUGAAUACAGCAGAUAAACCUAAAUAUUUUGAACUAAACAAUACUGCUUGUAUAUUACGUAAAGAAAUACAGUCAUUAUAAACGCAUCAGAUCCACUAUAUUUAAUUCCAGUCAAGAAAGAAGCAUCAAAACAGAGAAAUAGAUACGAGGCAACAUUAUAUGCUGAGCAUGUGUUACCCAACCGUCUAACAAAGGUUGUGGGAGGCUUUAAUACUUUACUCAGACCGUCAAAAAGUGCUAAAACUCAGUAAAUCGGUUCAUGUCAGUGUUGGACCACAGCAAAAAUCCCAGAUCUGGAAUUUACAACAGAGUUCAAGCGCACAACUAAUUAUUCCUGAUCCCCGCGCGGCGUUUCUGCGAUGUCUUAUUCACGCCAGCCGUUCCUACGCCAACAGAAGCUGAUAUGAAACAGUUGUGGACCUGAGUCGUCACGACCCCCCCUGGAUGACUUGUUUUCUCGUGCAUCAUGUCCAGCAUCAACUCCUCCAAAAGCCACCCACGGCUGAGCUGUGAUGUGUGGCUCAUUAUUUAUUUAUUUUUGGUUUGUUUAUCCCUGGUAUACAAGCUGUUACAUUGGCAGGCGACAGCGAAUGUUGCCGAUGCAUCAAUCACGGCCCUGUCUGCAGGAACGGUGGAGAAAUGACACGCCGUCGGAGGGGGGGUCACACUCGCACCAUGGGGUAUAGAGUAAAAAAAACUUUUUCGCCUUGCAUUUGCAUAUCAGCAGGAGAGCAGGUAAAACAAAUAUGUGCUUAUUUUUGACAUUUGCAUUACCACUAUAAACAAAAAGAAAUAUUACAGUUUGAGUUAAAAAGUUGGUAUAUUUUAGCUUUAAUCUGAAUUGUCCUAUAACUGUUCAUACGUAAAAUUGUUCCCCUGUAUGUAGUUUUGAAAAAAGCAUGGUACUAGCUGUUAAAGAAUAAUUGGAAAUUCCUACCAAAAAUUGGGUUCAAAAAUUAGCAUUAGAAAAAUGAUUUAACUGCUCCUGUAUGUGAACAUUAGAACACAAUGCAGGAAUGACAAUCUUCUGGUUUAUUUGUAUUUAUUUUUCUUGGGUAUGAUGGAAAGGUUGCCUUCACUGACUGUGCAAAAAUAUUCAUGUACAGUCUAUAGUUGCCUCUGAUUUACGCCAAAUAUUUCAGACCAAUAUCACAAAUGAGACAGGAGGACAAACCUUAUGUAACUGUCUCCAUCCCAAGAUUUAGAUUUAUUCGAGUUUCGAAAUUAGCAUUUUUCGAAAUAUGCACAUAUUCAUGGCAAAGCGAAAAACACGCUGAACUAUUGAUUUAGGCCUGGAUAAUGCAACUUUUAUUAUUUUUCCCUGGUGCUAGCCUGAUCAACAAAACAGACGAAUCAUUUGCUACAAUCUGGCGAAGAGAUUCAGUCUAUCCAGAUGUGCAACAGAAGCAGCUUUGUUGCUGUUCAUAUGGUGCAAAUGCUCUUAAGCUACAGAGUCAAUUGGCUGCUAAUCCCUUUUCAUAUGGUGCAAACAUGAAACACGUGUACUUACGGUGCAAUAAGGGCAGAUUGUCUCCUGGAAUUAAAUGGUGCAACUUGAGUACUGCCUUCACUUCUCGGCCAAGGCUGUGCCAAAGGCUCCUUCUAAGUGAACAACUGCUCUUUCUGUCUUGCAGAAGCUAUGCAAGUCUCCAAAGCAAGGAGAUGUGCUUAGUGUACACACGCACAUACACACAUACAAUCAAAAUUGCAUAAACACAGGGUUUUCCUCUGCAGCAGGGAGAUAUGAACACAGCCACAUUGUGAAAAGUAGGGUAACAACAUGGGAUGUACCUCAGUGCUCAAACACACACACAUGCACACCUACAAUGUUGAAUAUUCCUUCACCCCUUUAUAAUUUGGGAACAAUAUUCUAAUGGUGCUAUUGAGUAAACCAGAAAGAUUUUUGUAUAGUUGUGGUGGCAGUCGAGACUUUAGCUAAAUAUGUUGUUUUACAUUCUGACUGAAAUGUGUAAAUCUAAGGAGUGUAUGUGGAAACUGCAGCACCUUGCGUAUGUGAUUUAAAAAAAAAAAAGCUACAAUGCCUUAUCCGCUCCAUUGAUGAUAUCUGGCUCAUGGCGAGGUGGUGCUCCUUUCUGGUACACUCUGAUGUGGUUGUGGAAAACAGCACACUGUGUCCGCACUGCAAACCGACUACGUGCCAUUUUCAGAGCACGGUCAGCCAUUUUCCUGUCAGUUCCACAAACCGUGCUUGUGAAUUUCUUGCAUGAAUGUUGUAGAUUUGAGGACCCGACUGCACACGCAACGCGUUAACUGAGAGACUAUGAAAUAAUUUUGAGCUCCUGCACAUCCGACCCACUGGCUUAUCCUCCAUGAUGCCCCUCCAGCCAAUCAGAUUUCAGGUCUAACCGCAGCCAAAUCAGGUGCAAAACAACCAAAUAGUACAGUUUCUUUUGUACAUGGAAGCCUUCAUUGGAACUCGACUGCAUUUCAUUAAAAAAAUAAUCUAUACUGAGACUGCAGUCAAGUUUCAAUGCUACAAGUGAAACAUUUUCUUCUUCAUCUACAAAAACCACAGCCUUAGCUAGACCCACUUUGUAAGAUAUUUGAAUCCAGCCAGUGCUUUGUCACUUCUUGUAUGGCUAUUCAUCAACAGCUAUGCAAAGUUACAAAAAGCAGAAUGGCUCUGGGCUUAGAGAACCUUUAAGAAAACACCACAUCACUGUUGUUUCAGUGUUAUUUUACCUUCAUUUAUUUACCUCAGAUGGAUGACAGCAUUUCAUAUAUUACAGUGUUUUUCCCUAAGUCAAUAAAGACCAAGAGUAAUUUCAUUGUUUUAACAGUAAAAGUGAAAAGAGGCAUCAGUUUCACUUCAUUUUAUGUGUUAUUGAAAUAUUGGAAGAUUAAUACCUGAACACCAACUAUAAACUCUUAAAAAAUGCAAACAUUUUAAAAAGACUUAAAUAAAUAAUCAAUGCUUUGCCUGGUGGAGCACAAGUAAAGCCUGGUGGCCCGCCAGGCUUAAAAUACACUGGGGGAAACCCUGGAGCAUUAGCCAUAAUGAUGCAUCCCCACACUUUGAAUUGAUUUCCAUAGCAAUUUUAUGAAUUUAUUAUUGUUGUUGUUGUUUUUAGUCAAGAUUGAUUUGUUGGGAGGGGGAAAACUGCAAAGUAACUUUCAAAUGGUGAGAGAUGAAUGCUGCCUCCCAACUGAGGAAUGUCUGUCAUAUUAUGAAAAUUUAACCAAGCAUUUCUUCUUUUGGUUAAACACAAAAAGUGUUCUGCUAUCAGGGUCUAUGAUUUUUGUUUUGUCUUAAUUUCUGCAGCCAAAGUAUUUAUGUUUGAUCCGUAGCUGUGAAGGUUUGAUUAUUCGUUAUGGAUUUGCAGACCUCAAGGCCAGAGACUAAGCUGACCUGAGUCCAGCAGACACUGAAACCUUUUACUUUCUUAAACAAACUCUCAGAAUCAAUCAUAGUGUGAAAAAGAUUUCAGAUGUUUGACUCAGGUUUGGUACUACCAACACAGAGCAGGGUCAAACUAGAUGUUCACUUGGAUGUAUCUGUAAAACCAUAAGCUUUUAAUUUUGUCAGGGUCAUGCUUUUUUAAUGUUAUAGAAAUUUGAUGUGCAAAAGUAGCAUUUAUUUUCUCGUGGUUGGCAUUUGGAUUGUAAAUAACGACUUCUAGCUCUCCUCAGUUGUAUCAGUGUUCCAUUAGUUUGCGUAAAUGGUUCAAGUGUAACUGAUGGUAAAUGUUCUUAAAGAAUAUACAGAAUGUAAGGUCAAAGUAGGAAAAAAAAUACAGUUCAACAAGUGGUUUCGUAGGAACCUGUGCCAUCUGUGUUGUCUCUAGUAUAAGCACACACUGAUAUUAGAACUGUAGGUGAAUAAACGUUAUGGCCAGACAGCCACAGUUUGAAUGCAGGUUUUCCAAGUCAGGUCAAACAUUUGUUUGAAAUAUUAGCAUAAAAUCAUUAGCAUGAAUAAAAACAGGUUAACUAAAUAACCAAAUCAUGUGUGAACGUUGUGAAAUAUGUCCACAUAUUUGUGGGGAGAGUAUCUCAACUCAAGCUAAUGAACAAUUAAACCCUGAGUAAACAUUUGGUUCAGACAUUAGCUUAGCAUACAACUGUUAGCUUCUCUCUGUACAGGAUGUCUCAAUAUAACUUGGCUGAAUGUUAUGAAAUAUGUAAAUAUAUAUUUGACAUGGAGAGGGGAAUAGUUAGACACAAGCUUUAAAAAAAAUCACUUUGAAACUUUAGCUUAGCACAAAACUGCUAGCUUGAUUCCAAAUAGCAACAUAGCCUGUUAGCAAAUUUGAUUAAAAAAAAUUUGAACUUAAGCUGAUAAACAAUUAUACAUUUGAGCAAAAAAUACUGUUUGACACAUUAGCUUAAUAUAAAACCAUCAGAAUAUCUUCAGAUUAAUUAAUCAAUUAAUCCAUUUGAAUGAAAAAAAUGAGCUUAGCAUUUACUUAGCCGCCUGAUUCAGCAAAAUAAAUGGCUGAAUGAUACCAAAUAUGUGGACAUAUUGAGAUUAUUUUCCACUCUGCUAAUACAUAGUUCGACACUUGGAAAAUAUCAAUGUAAGAGUGGGUUGUCUGGCCUCUUCUGAAUUCAGUGUAAAAAAGAUGGCUACCGUCAUCGAAUGUGUUCAAACUGCUCCUGCGUCAGCACAUCAGAACUCCAUUCAGGAAUAUUCUAAUUUAUUUCUCUUUUUCUUUUCUUUGGUAGGUUGGAGGGGUUGCAUCCAUAGACUGUAUAGUUUAUGGUUGCCUUUAAUUUACACCAAAUAUUUCUGACCAAUCACAAAUGAGACGGAAAGAGGACAGAUUAUGGCGUCUCUGGUUUUAGUCCGUCUGUUCUGUGUCCACUAUGGUGUUGCGGCAUUCUGGGGAAGAGUUGAAAAAUAUUUUUUUGAUGGGUCCAGGAGGCCAACGUUAGGAAAUGUGUUAUUUUUGUUACAAUACCUCCAGAAAAUAAAAGUCUAUUUAUCUGUGAAGAGACAAAGAUUUACAGUAAUACAGAUGACUACAUAGAGAUGAUUUUAAACGAGAUAAAAGAUAUGUACAGCUAAUUUGAACACAAUACAGAGAUCUAUUGUCA